CUUCCUUUUCCAUCCUUCCUUUGGUCCACUCCAUCUUUCUUCAUACAAUUUUCAACCCCCUUCCUUGUUGGUGAAAAUGCGGCCAUUGACGGAAGACGAGACCAAGAUCUUCUUUGAGAAGCUCGCCAACUACAUUGGCGGCAACAUUCAGCUGCUGAUCGACCGCCCCGACGGCAUGUACUGCUUCCGGCUGCACCGCGACCGCGUGUACUACGUCUCUGAGGAGAUUAUGCGCAAGGCGACGAGCGUUGCCCGGGAUAACCUCAUGUCGCUCGGAACGUGCUUUGGCAAGUUUACAAAGUCGGGCAAGUUCCGCCUGCAGGUGACGGCACUCGAGUUCCUUGCUCCCUAUGCAAAGUUCAAGGUCUGGGUCAAGCCAAACGCAGAGCAGUCGUACUUGUACGGCAACCACGUCCUCAAGUCGGGUCUUGGUCGCAUUACAGAAGACACGCCAAGGUACCAGGGCGUUGUUGUCUACUCGAUGAACGACAUCCCGCUCGGCUUUGGCGUCGCUGCGUACUCGACGCAAGACUGCCGAAAGCUCGAUCCCACGGGGUAUCAUUGUUUUCCACCAAGCAGAUGUCGGCGAGUAUCUUCGUGACGAAGAUGCCCUCACAUAAUUCCAGUGUUGAACCGCUGGGCGGCACCCAAAAACGCAAUGCAAACGGCCUGUCGCGUUCGUUUUCGGAUGUACAUCUUGAACAUUUGCCCAUCAACACUAGUGAAUCCAGCCAGGGAAAAAGAAAACCAAAAUCAUGCAGGAAAAAAAAAAAUAAGCAAGUUGUUGGUGUUGUUGUCGUUGUUGCUGUUGUUGCUCAAUGCAAAAUUGUCGUUUUGCUGCAUUGGCGUUAUGUACUAUAUAAAAACUCUUCAAACUUUUU